UAUAAAAAAAUACAUUAAAAGAAGAUCACAGACAUGCUGACACACAAGGUCACUACCCCAGCAGCUGGCCGAUUUGCAGCACCCCUGAAUACCUUGCAGCACCAAGCUGCCACAAUGGAUGCGGGUGUCACGGCGCGGGCUCGAACCCGCUUUUCUCCGGCAGCUGGGUCUGCUAGCACCUCCGUUGGCAGCGCGCCGAGACACGCCCCGGCUCGCGCUGGCCACGUCACGCCCACAUGCCGGCAAGGCUGUGGGCGAUCAGCAAUCUGCACACCUGGGACUGAUGAGGGCGAGCUGUAUAAAGACCAGUGGACCCAAGGAUCCUGGCCAGAACGUAGCAAUCUUCUGUUGGUACCGAAAUCCCCGUUCCUGCGUGGCGAGAUGUGCGUCUCGUCUUCCUCGUUUUUCGUCUGUGGUUCUCUGGCUGCCUGUUUGGAUCUCGACCUCUCACAUGGACACGGACCUUCUUCGCCCCGCUUAGCCCCCGACUCUCUGCUUGCCCACAGACUGCCUUCCUGCUUUGUCCCUCCUCUCGCCCAACACAUCACGCGGGGGCUAGACCCAGCGGGCCCCAACCAAGACGGGCACCCGGAAGGGAUGGACGGUGGGAUCCCUUUUUAUUUUUUGAUUGAGGGCUGAAAGAGACAGAAAAGCAAAGCAUCACGAAGGCAGGAAAGGAGGAGAUCAAACGUACAUUUGUAGGACGCUGUGGAGGAAACAGGAAGUUGACUGACUUCCUGUUUCCUCCUCCAGCGUGAACAUGGCGUCACCUUGUAAUAGCGGAAUAACCGUGGUCGUGAACACUGGGGGAAAGGCGGUGGACAGGAAGUUGGGAAUGCAUUACAGAGCAAGAGCUACAAAAUAAAAGCAUCCGUCGGUAACAGUAGUGCUGAUGCAAGCUCGCGCACACUCGUGUGUUCUCACCACAAUAAAAUACAACAUUAAAUAAUGUACUUUUAUUUUAAUCCAUUUUAAUAUCUUUAAGAUGGAAAUAACGAGGCAUGAGGGUUGAGUUUUUAG